AUGGUUGCCGCCAAGAAGCACGUCCCUAUCGUCAAGAAGCGCUCUAAGGGCUUCAUGCGCCACCAGAGUGAUCGCUUUAUGCGUGUGGACUCGGCAUGGCGCAAGCCCAAGGGUAUCGAUAACCGCGUCCGCCGUCGCUUCAGGGGCACUCUUGCUAUGCCCUCGAUCGGCUAUGGCUCCAACAAGAAGACCCGCCACAUGAUGCCCUCCGGCCACAAGGCUUUCCUCGUCAGCAACGUCAAGGAUGUCGAGCUCCUCCUCAUGCACAACAAGACCUACGCUGCUGAGAUCGCCCACAACGUCUCUUCCCGCAAGCGCAUCGAGAUCAUCGCUCGCGCUAAGCAGCUCUCCGUCAAGGUCACCAACGCCAAGGCCAAGGUUACCACCGAGGUCUAA